CCCACAACAGCAAAAUUCGAUGACCGCAAAUCAAACAGGGACAUGAUUCCAUCUCCCCUUUUCUUUUCUUCUUUCUCUUUGAAAAAAAAGAAAUAUCAUAAAAUAUAAAAGCGACAAACAGCCGCUAUGCAUAAAGCAUCCAUUGCAUCUAGAAAAAGAUGGCUUUUAUAUGUAGCAAUGCUAUCCCUCAUCCUAUCCAUUACUUUCUUCUCUUCUCAACAAUUUAUAAUAGCAACUACAUCCGAAACAGAAUACGACCUUCAAGCUGAUAAUAAAUUACUCAUCAAUCUGUCAGAUUCACUAAAUACAACCGAACAGAAUGGAUGCAAUUGUCAAUUAUCGAACACCCAUGAACUUGACAUUGAAGAAAAGGUCAAGCAUGCUAAUAUUGAUCUUACAUUUCCUCCAUUGCCUAAAGAGACAAUACAGAAAAUCAACAAGAACCUGCUAAAGGAUCGUAUCUUGAUUGUUGCUGCUGCAAAUUAUGGAAUGCGCAAUCAUGUCUACAAUUGGAUCGAGUCGCUCAAACGAGUAAACGAGACCAAGUUUAUCAUCUUUUGUUUGGAUGACAAGCUAUACGACCACCUUACUUUAACAGGCUAUACAAGCCAUGCAACUAAAAUUCCUGAUACCUGGUUUCAUCAAGAGAUUGAAGCCAAUUUUUCAUUGUAUUUUAGUGAAACCUACCGUAUCAUUACUCAUGCUAAAACUUUGGUUGUACAACAAUUAUUGUAUCUCGAUGUUACAGUAUUUUUUUCGGAUGUAGAUAUUGUCUGGAGGAGGACACAUAUUGUAGACUACGUUAGUGCAGUAAUGAAUGCAAGGCCAAGCACGGAAAUAUUGUUCCAACAAGAAGGUGUUGAUCAACGAGAAAUAAACAGUGGCUUUUAUCUCAUGCGACCCACCAGUACGAUGAAAAGACUACUGGCGGAAACAAUCACAAUACAGGAUACAAGCGAAAAGAUGACACAACAGGGGGCGAUGAAUGCAGCUUUAGAUAAACUUGAUUUGGAUAUUAGAGCAGGUCCAGUAGGUCUAUUGGACUUGUUACACUUUCCUAAUGGCUAUGUUUAUUUUGAUCUUGACCUUCCCAGGCAACAUGGAAUAGACCCUUUUAUCGUGCAUGCAAACUAUUUGAUUGGCGAAGAUAAAAAAAAGAAGCUAAUAGAAUUCAACAUGUGGUAUCUCAAUGAUACAUGGUUAGACCAAAUGGAUACUAAAUUCAACAAAAAGACUAAAUCUAUGAAAAAUCAACAACAAAAAGCCAAGUCAAAAGAACAAGACUAAUUACAUCCCUCUUCCCUUUAUCACCUUGUUUAUGCCUUGGAUACAUCUUACAUAAUUCAUUAUUUCCUUUUUCAUCUCACUCUUUUAAAUAUACAGUUCUUCAUCAUAAUUAAAACUCAUAAGUAAACUAU